GAGAAUGAGGCUUGGAACGCACAGUGUGUGCACAUAACAUGUAUUCUUCAUGUUUGCAUAAAAUAAAGGUAGGGUUGUUUCAGUUGCUUGUUUUGGUAAAAUAAAUGAUUAUGAUGCUGUUAUAAAAGAAGAUUUUGCUGGGACUACUUUUAGUUUUAGUGCUGUGCGAUAAAAGAAGAUUUUGCUGGGACUACUUUUAGUUUUAGUGCUGUGCGAUUUUGAAGUUUUAUUUCACGGUCUAUUCGUGUCGCACUCGCAGCCCGCAGGUCAUGCAAGAAAAAGAAAACGCAUAUAAUACCACCAAAGACAGAACGUACCCUUAGCAGCAGAGGACUUUGCACUCCGUGUAAAGGUUUGACGUAGCUGUUCUUUUCUGUGCAAUAGAAGAGUUUGCUGCAGAGCACAAGGAAUAAUUGUCAUACUUGGAAGGCUGGGAGGAAGCUUUUGCAGUUUGGAGAGACAAGCUUUUCAUCCAGGAAAAAAGAAGGAAAGACAACACUACACUCCUGUAACUGAGAUGCCCAUAGCUUCUGUAUUCAGAAUAAAAUUACUCACUUGUCACACACCUUGGUGCAUAUUAAGUGAGGCUGUCGCUAAUUGUAAUACUUACACUUUAAGAAGGCUCCACAGCAAGACGUUUGACAAAUCACAACAGAAAGAAAUGACAAAUGUGAUAACCCAGAGGCACGGGACUAUUGUCACAAUUGGAAUAAACAGGCCAGAAGCCAGAAAUGCUGUAAAUCCAGAGACUGCUUCCCAGCUCGUUCAGGCCUUUAAUCAGUUUGAGAAUGAUCCCGAUUUGACUGCGGCUGUAAUCCAUGGAAUAGGAGGAAAUUUCUGUGCUGGAUUUGAUUUAAAGGCAAUAGCUCACAGUACAAGCUCAUUGAAUAUAGAGCAAGAUGUGACUAAAGGACCUGGCCCAAUGGGCCCAUCUAGGAUGCAGUUUACCAAGCCAGUAAUUGCAGCUGUAAGUGGAUAUGCAGUAGCAGGAGGACUUGAGUUAUCCCUUUUAGCAGAUCUGCGAGUUGUAGAGAAAAGUGCGAUAUUUGGAGUAUUUUGCAGACGUUUUGGUGUUCCUUUAAUUGAUGGUGGAACAGUAAGACUUCCUAAGCUCAUUGGGCUUUCCAGAGCCCUGGAUCUUAUACUUACUGGUCGCCCAGUUAAUUCUCAAGAAGCCUAUGAAUUUGGAUUAGCUAAUCGUGUGGUACCUGAUGGCCAAGGCCUACAAUGCGCUAUUGAGUUAGCGCAAAAGAUAUCGUCCUUCCCACAGAAGUGCAUGCUCGCUGACAGAGCCUCAGCCUACAACAGCACUUUUGACUCAUCAAGUUUUGCAGAUGCCAUGCAAUUUGAAUUUGAUUCUGGAGCUAAGGUUCUUAUAGAAGAGUCUAUUGCUGGAGCCAAAAGGUUUAGCGCAGGAGAGGGAAGGAAAGGAAAGCUAUAAAUCUUUUUUCAUGAAGACUUGGUUUUACAGUGUAAUUGUAAAUUAUUAAAUAACAAUAAUACUAGAAGAUGACCAAGCUUUGUUUCUUUUGCAUUAAAGGGGACUCAUAUUAAAGAUAACAAAAAUAUAUUUUGCCUAAUUAAAGAAGAAUUCUAAGCAACUUUCUAGUAUGUGUUAACAUUUUAUAUUGUGUUAAAGGUAAAUAUAAUUACAAUUAAAAACAA